GGCUGAGAGACACGUCAGGGCAAUGUUUACUGCCGCGCCGUGCUGAGCCUGUCCUGCCGCCCUUCCGUCUGUGUCCCGUGAGUCCCCCCCCUCCACGCCCUCGCCCCUGACACUGUUCCCACCCGCUUGUCCACGUGGCUGGCCCUCCCUCAACGGGCUAUCAGAGGAAAUUCAUAAGACACCAGCAUGGGUGACUUGGCCCAGUGGUUCAACAGCCUGCCCCCCAUGACCAGGACCUGGUUUGGGGGCACCAUCGCACUCUCUCUCUUUGGGCGCUUUGGUCUCCUCAACCCUCGGUGGCUCAUCCUGCACUAUGAGCCUCUUGUGCACAGUUUCCAGUUCUGGAGGCCUGUAACGUCAGUCUUCUACUACCCGAUAACUCCACAGACCGGCUUUCAUUUCCUGAUUAACCUCUAUUUCCUCUACAGUUACUCCUUAAGACUUGAAACCGAGCACUUUGUGAGGAAGCCUGCCGACUACCUUUUCAUGCUGCUGUUCAACUGGAUAUGCUGUGUCAUCGUGGCGCUGAUAGGGGAGGUGCUGGUGCUGAUGGACCCUAUGGUGAUGUCGGUGCUGUACAUCUGGUGUCAGCUCAACAAGGACGUCAUUGUCUCAUUCUGGUUCGGCACGAGGUUCAAGGCCAUGUACCUUCCCUGGGUUCUUCUGGCCUUCAACAUGAUCAUUGCUGGAGGAGGAAUGAUGGAGUUGAUGGGAAUUAUCAUCGGCCACCUCUACUUCUUCCUCACCAUCAAGUACCCACAGGACUUUGGGGGAGCAACCUUACUGCACACUCCUGAGUUUUUGUACAACUUCUUCCCCAACCAGCGAGGAGUGUCUAGCUUUGGCCAGGCCCCCACCGCUGCCAGGGCAGGUGGUGGUGGUGGCGGCGGCGGUGGUGGUGGCGGUGGCGGGGGAGGUCGCGGCAUUUUCCGAGGCCAGGGGCACACGCUUGGCUGAGUAUCCGUUCUUCAUGUGUGUAGUCUUGCCUUAACUAAUUUAACUUUAUCUUGAUUUCUUAAUAAGUGACAUUUACUUAAUAUUCUGACACAUGAUUCUUGAAGUCAUUUCAAAAUUUGUUUUUCCUGAGUUUCAUGAAUUUUGUUUGACAUUGGAAAAAAUAACUGACUGUGUGAGGAUGAAGAUACUUCUUGUCAGUGUGGUUUUGAAAUAAAACAUUAAAUUAUGCAGCAGGGCUGUAAUGUAUCCAGUGGUCAGAAUUAAAGUACCUGAUUUACAUUUUGCUUAAAGUGGGGAUUGUUUGUUUCCCGUAAUGCUUUGUUUAAAUACCAAAGAGAAAAAGCAGUUCAGGGUAUGCGCUAAACAGUCAAGAGUCACCAGGCCCUGCAAGCCAGUGUCUGCUCUUGUGCUGCUCCUGUCUAGCGUUCUGAUGGCGUGUGACCACAAGGGGUAAAUCAGGUACUCAUCCACCAAGCAUCCAUUUCCUACCAUCUGCUAGUAUAGAUGUGUAUGAACACCCAAGUUGCAGAAUGUGGUUGAUACUGCUGAUAAAAAAAAUCACAUUUGUAAAUGUUCAAUAUAAAGCAAGAAGAAAAGAAACCGCUUAAUACUUCCUGACAGGGGCCGUGUGUCCAUGUAGAUUGAUUGAGUGAAAUACACAGGAAUUUAGUUUGAAUUAUCUUCUCUUAAGUUUGGCUAUUUAGGUUCUUUUAAUCCCACAAUGUAUAUACCAUCCCAUUUUUGUAUUCUCUGCAUACAGUCAUUCACUCAUUCUUGAUUAGAAAUGUGCUGGGGUCGUCUAGCUGAUAUUUUCAAACAGUUUGAUGCCAAUAUAUUUGUAUUUGAGUCAGUAUGCAAACAGCCUAAAGUGGAGGGAGUUUGUAAUGCAGUGAUUAAAGCAGUUUUGCAAACCUUUUUUUAACUUUCAAGCAUCUGUCUCCAUCAGGCCAUGAUGAAGUGCAACAUCAGAGAAACUGCAAUGACAGUCAAAAAUCUUGAAAUAUACAUACAUCACGGAGUGCCAUGAAUCAAACCCAAAUCUUCAGAAUAAAAGUCAGGGCAGCGAGCCAACUAAGCCACUGUGACAGUGACCUAUGCCUAUUAAUACCAUACCUAGUAUAUAUGCUGCCCUGACUUCUAUUCUGAAUUUCUGAAGGCCUAGGCUUGAAUUCCAGCAUUUAGUGGUGUACAUUUUGAGAGUGACAUCAUUUGAUGCUUUGCUCCUAGCCAGCAUCAGGGUUGGGGCAAGACAAGCUGUGUGUGUGUUGUGCGGCCCACUUCAUUGAGCAUCCGAGAUCAUAUGCAUUGUUUUACAGCCUGCUUGACUGGUGAAUGGGUUUCUUUGUGAUGGUAAUUAUAUUCUAAUCAUAGCCAAAGUGAAGCACAAAACAUGCAUGCAUUUGAACUAGGGCUGGAGACAGUCAUUUGUGUGUGAGCAAGGAUACCUUUAUACUUGUAUGUACUAUACUUGUAUGUAGUGUGUGUGUGCAUCUGUGCAAGUGAUGCUCUUUUACUAAAGACACGGGAGCAAAAUGCUGAUGUGCACGUGUGAAGGGCAUCGUCCUCUAAGGUUAUGCAGGCAUUUACACCAACAAUGUUGUCGCAAAACAUAAUAAAAGUUAUUUUGUCAAUGCAAAAA